AUGACCAAGUUCAGCUUGAGCUCCUGGCUCACCCCCAAGAAUAAUGGUACCAGCGAUGCCGAACGCAAGCGGCAGAACAGACGGACCUUUUCUGGGUUCUCGUCGUCGUCGCCUUUAAAGACUGGUGUGAACGGCGCAGAGACCGCCAAGGUACCGAACAGCGGCAAGGGAGCACACGUCAACGGCAAAUCUGAUCAGAACUCUGUCAGCACAUUGGAGCCUACCUCUGACGUGGCCACCGAUAGCGCACAACCGCAAGUCUCAGCUACGACCAGCAUGAUCGCACUUUCGCAGAAGAUUGCGAAGGAGACUGAGAAGUUGGAGGCGUACAUGAAGGAGAACGGGCUUGCCAUGCCGUCGUUCGACGUCGAUGCCGCAGAUGACUUCCCCGGGCUGCCAGAGGAUAUCCAGAGGAGCAGGCUGGAGAUCAUACAUGCCACGAAGGAGUUGCGAGACCUGGCGGUUGGACCCCGUGAAAGUGUGAGAUGGGGUGUGUGGGAGUUUCUUGACGUCCUCGCACUGCAACUGAUCAACAACUACGGAAUUGCGAAACUCGUCCCUCUGGAGAAGCCCAUUACUCUGGCAGAGCUUCAGUCCCUCACCCCCCUGGAUCCUGUCAACCUGGCACGCACCCUCCGCAUAGCAAUGACCAACCACGUCUUCUGCGAGCCCUCCCCCGGAAUGAUCGCCCACACCGCGGCGUCUCGCCUCCUAGCCACCGACGCAGAGCUCGCCGCGUGGGUGGGCUUCAACGCCGAGGACAUCUACCCGGCCUCGGCGCACAGCCUCCAGGCGCUGCGGCAGUUCCCCGAGGCCACGUCGCUGACCCGCAGCGGCUUCCAGUUCGCCUUCGACACCGUGGACAAGGAACCAAUGUUCGUCACGUUCGGCAAGGACGAGGACCGGGCCAAGCGCAUGGGGCGCGCCAUGGCGAGCCUGACGGGCGGCGAGGGCUACGAGGUCAGCUUCUUCGUCGACAGCUACGACUUCUCGGAGGUAAAUUCAAAGGGUGGCACCUUUGUCGACAUCGGCGGCAGCCACGGGUUCGUCUGUGUCGACCUUGCGAAGAAGUGGAAGGACAUGAAGUUUGUGGUGCAGGACCUCCCCAAGACGGUGGCGAGUGCGCCCAGCCCGGUGUGCGAGGACGCUGAGGUAGCCGAGAGGGUGGAAUUCAUGGCGCAUGACUUCUUCACGACGCAAAGCGUGAAGGGCGCCGACGUCUAUUACUUCCGCUGGAUCAUGCACAACUACUCCACCCCAUACGCCGUCAAGAUCCUCAAGAACCUCGUGCCGGCCCUCAAGCCGGGGGCGCGCAUCGUCAUCAACGACCACUGCCUGCGCGAGCCGGGCCAGGAGAACCCCUGGGACGAGAAGAUCAUGCGCCGCAUGGACAUGGUCAUGCUCGCGCUGCUCAACGCGCAGGAGCGCACCGAGGCCGAGUUCAGGGAGCUGUUCCGCAUGGCGGACGAGGGUUUCGUGUUCAAGGGAGUUACACGGCCUAAAGGCUGUCGCAUGAGCAUCAUCGAGGCUGUGUGGCAGGGCGAGGACAACGCUUCCAAAGCCGCAGACGAGGUCGAAGAGCAGAAAGCAUAG